AUGGCAUCCUACUACGACAAUACUUUUGUUCUGCAGUCGAUGGCAUUCCAACAAAAACACACUAUGCAUCCGAUAUUCGACUCUGCUCACCUUAACUGUCCCAAAAACUUGGAGAACAGGGUCGCCUCACCUUCUCUCCAAUACCCCGGAUCGCAUGAUGAUCUGCUCAAGCUUGAGGAUGACAUAACUAGGGCCCACCAUGUGGAAGUAAAUCUGCCUUCUAUGUGGUCUAAUGUCCCGCAAAAUAUGAAUGUCAGAUCUUACUCCCAUGAUUAUUUUCCUAUGGCUACUUCCUCUAACCAGACCUUAUCAACUGAGCUUCUGCUGUUUGAUGAAGACUACCAAAUGGGUCACAAAUCACAGUAUUCUGUCGAUAGCGCCGUAUCUAUGUCACCGCCUUCUAUGGUUUCAGCAUCUUCUGCAAAAUCUAAUUUGCGGAAAAUUGUCAAGCCUCGGAUUGCUACCCUCUACUGGGAAGAGGAACAAACUACAUGUUACCAAGUACGUGCGCAUAACGUGGUUGUCUCUAGAAGAGAGAACGACAACUACAUAAAUGGUACAAAGCUACUUAAUGUUACAGGUAUGACUAGAGGUAAGAGAGACGGGAUGUUAAAGAUUGAAAAGGGACGUUUGGUUGUACGCAACGGGUCCAUGAACCUAAAAGGCGUAUGGAUUCCCUUCAAUAGAGCUAUUGAAAUCGCACGGAAUGAAGGUGUUGAUCACUUACUCUAUCCACUUUUUGUGGAGAAUAUUCUGGAUUUCUUCAGGAAUCAUGGACAGGAACUCCGACAAGAUGCUAUGCUGGAUGGCGAUGAGGAGGGUGAACAUUCAGACAAUAGAGCACGCACAUCUGGAGUGAGUGGUCAUCGAUCGCAGAGCUCUCAGAGCUCCCAAGGAUGCCAUGGAUCACGUAUGUUCUAUUGA